AUAAGGCACCCAGAAUAUUCAAAAGUGCACCUGUGAGAUCUUGUUUCAAAGAAAAAGUAAAAACGACCACCAGCAAAACAGUAUGAACUAUGCUAAUGAGUUAGGUUGAUGGUCUAUUUGUGUAUAUGUAAUAGAUAACAUUUUUAAAGUGAACCGCUUGCUGUGGACCCCUAACGGCCUGUGAUCAAAUACUGAGCCUCAACUAUCAGUGGUUAGCAUGCCAACCAAAGUGUCACAUGACACGUGUUCCGACUGACAGGAGUUUAUUUUUCCUUAGUUUCAGAUGCUGGAGGUCCAAGACGCAGGUGUGGCCAGGCUUGGCUCCCUGGGCCUUUCUGCUUGGCUAACAAGUGACCAUCUUUCCCCCUCAAUAUUCAUGUGGUAUUCUCUCUUUGCUACACAUCUGGCUGGCAGAUGAACAACUGAUUCCGUGAAACCUGAGGUGUCUGACUGGAUGGAAGCCAUACUCUCAACCACAGUGCAGCAUCACUUCAGUUAAGAACUGUGUGGCCCCAGAGGUGGUGGAGUCCACAACCUGACAGAACCAUCGACUGACUUCUCCUCUUCUUGGCUAAAUUAUCAGCAGAGGCGGUACUCAUGGCUGGUCCUCUGUGGAGGGCUGCAGUCUUUAUACAGAGACAUAGAACAAGCCUGUUGGUGGGUUCCUGUGUGGGCCUGUUUGGAGUUCAAAUCUCAUUUCACCUCUUCCCAGAUCCCAUAGUUCAGUGGCUCUACCAGUACUGGCCUCAGGGCCAGCCAGCUCCUCUUUCCCCUCAGCUGCGGAGCCUCUUCCAAGAGGUGCUAAAGGACAUAGGUGUCCCUUCAGGUCACUGCUACAAGCCUUUCACUGCCUUCACUUUUCAGCCUGUGAGUGCUGGCUUCCCACAAUUGCCUGCUGGGGCUGUGGUAGGCAUCCCCGCCAUCUUCCUGGGUGGCCUUGUGACCAACAUUGACCACACUGUGGUCAUACAUGGGCAAAAAGUGGAUUGGCAAAGCCCAGCAGGCACCAGGCUGAGAGAUGCCCUGACCCUGUCUCAUGAUGCCCAGAAGUUUGCCUUGGCCAAGGAGGUGGUAUACCUGGAGAGCGGCAUGGCUGCCCUACAGACCCUGCCAGCCCCUGUUUGCCUAGCAGGAACAUGGGCAAUAAGUGUGGGUGCCAAGCAUGCCCUGGGUCUCUACGGAGGCCCCAUGAGCUUACGAGCUGCCUUCAACCUGGUGGCAAUAGUGGUAGGCUAUGUGGCCUACGCCUUUUCCAAAGACUCCCUCACUGUUGCCCUGGAAGGCUGGCUGGACCACCGCACGGCCUCUCUGUCUGCAGCCUAUGUCCGGGGUGGAGUGGAAUUCUAUGAGAAGAUUCUGUCAGGCAACUUAGCCCUACGCAGUCUUCUGGGCAGACAAGGGGAAAAGCUGUACACACCAAGUGGAAACAUUGUUCCCAGACACUGGUUCCGCAUCAACCAUUUGCCCUACACCACCCGUCGGGACUCUCUACUACAGAUGUGGAGGGCAAAAGUCAGCCCAGGCCACUUCUGAGAAUCCAGGCAACAGGGCAGUCCUGCCUCACCGAGGCUCUGCCCCGGGAUGAGCUCUGGAGGAGUCUCUUGGUGUGGUUGCGUCACCAUCUUUGGAAUUAAACAACUCAACUCUGUCCUCCCCUUGAAUGGACUCUAGCUGAGCAUGAGUCCCUAUGUGAAUCUUGAGUCUUAUUUACCUCAACUGUGAAGUGGGAAGGACUGAUUGUAGAAUGAGAUUGUGAACCUGAGGGCCAGGUAGAAAGCAGCAUAAAUAAACAGGACUUUCUUCC